CAGCGAAUACAAUAGCAACAAUAAGUGGUGGAAAUAGAAUUAAUGCAAAUUCAAAUAGUCUACAGCAACAACAACCACAACAAUACCAGCCAUACAUUGGCUCUACCAGUAAUAUUAGUAGCAGUAGUAGUGGUGGCAGUGUUGGUUUUAUGGGAGUAGCACAACAACAACACUCUACUAAUAUUGUUGGCUGUGGUGGUGGUGGAGCUGUUAAUAUUUCUUCCACGGCUGGUAGCAAAGUAAAACCAGUAAAUUCCCCGAUCGUUGGACAAACGCAUUCAGUUGAAGGUGGAUCGCGUGCGCAGACGGUUGAUAGUCAAGCGACUAAUUACAAAAAUAGUAGUAAAAAUCAAAAAAUCAUUUUAAAAACGCCCGAAUUUCUAGCGUCCAACAAUCAAUUAAACGAGCAAUUUGAACAAGUUAAUUUGAAUACACAACAACGACAACAAAACGGUGUUGUAAGCCAACAUCAACAACAACAAACAUAUUUUAAUAAUCGAAAUAAUUUGCCAAUCAAACAAAAUUUCAUUAAUAAUACUACUAAUCUAACAAAUAAUUGUGCAAUUGUUGCUGGUCAACAACAACAACAAAUACAAAAUUACACAAAUCCCUUUCAAGCGAAUGUGAAUAAUCAAGCAACAAAAACAAGUGAUUUUAAUACAAUAAAUACUAAUAAUAACAAUAGCAACAACAACAAUUGUCCUUCAAGUGUCAUAAAAACCACAACCUUAAAUUUACCUGUGACAUCAUACGCCUUAUCACAGCAACAGCCGCAGCAGCAACAAUAUCCUGUUGAACAAAUCUAUUACACCAACGACAACAACAAUUUAAACGACAACUACGUUUACACUUUUAAUCCACAGGAUCCCUACGACGAAAACUUUGACGAAGACAUGGAAGCUGAACGUGAUCUCGCCGAAGAUGCCCAAUGGAAGAAAAUCCAACAGAACACAUUUACCCGUUGGGCCAACGAACAUCUCAAGACCAUCGAUCGUUCGAUCAACAGUUUGGAGAGUGAUCUCUCUGAUGGUUUGCGUUUAAUCGCUUUAAUUGAGGUGUUGUCACAAAAACGCAUGCCCAAAUACAAUAAAAGACCAACAUUCCGUUCACAAAAAUUGGAAAAUGUUUCAGUUGCAUUGAAAUUCCUCGAAGAUGAGGGUAUUAAAAUUGUUAAUAUUGAUUCUUCCGAUAUUGUUGAUUGUAAAUUAAAACUAAUUCUCGGUUUAAUAUGGACCCUUAUUUUGCACUAUUCCAUUUCUAUGCCCAUGUGGGAUGGUGAAGAUGAAAAUCAAUUGAAUGGCACUGGAGCAACACCCAAACAAAGAUUGCUCAACUGGAUCCAUGGUAAAAUACCCGAUUUGCCCAUUAACAACUUUACCAACGACUGGACCACCGGUAAGGCAGUGGGUGCCUUGGUUGAUGCCUGUGCCCCAGGCUUAUGUCCCGACUGGGAUAUGUGGGAUCCCAAGGAUGCCGUACAAAAUGCUUCCGAAGCCAUGGGUCUUGCUGACGAUUGGUUGAAUGUCAGACAAUUGAUCAAGCCCGAAGAAUUGGUCAAUCCCAAUGUAGAUGAGCAAUCUAUGAUGACAUAUUUGUCACAAUAUCCCAAUGCCAAAUUGAAGCAAGGAGCUCCUCUCAGACCAAAAACUAAUCCCAACAGAGUACGUGCUUAUGGUCCCGGUAUUGAACCCGUUGGCCCCGUAGUAGGAGCCCCAGCCAAUUUCACUGUCGAAACUUUCUCAGCCGGCAAAGGUGACGUUGAGGUUGAAAUCAUUACACCCGAUGGUCUCGUCGAAAAGGCCGAUGUUCGUUUUAACAACGACAAGAAUCUCACUUACUCCAUUUCCUACAUACCCAAAAUGGAAGGUGAACACAAAGUCAUGGUUAGAUUCUCUGGACGUGAUAUACCCAAGAGUCCCUUCCCCGUUAAGGUAGAGGGCCAUGCUGGUGAUGCCUCCAAGGUUAAGGUUACUGGUCCUGGUGUACAGCCUUUGGGUGUUGUCAUUAGCAAACCCACGUUCUUUGAUAUCUUAACGGAAGGUGCUGGUCGUGGUGUACCCGAAGUCAUUAUUAUUGAUCCCGCUAAUCACAAGACUUCUGUGGCCGCUAAAGUUAGGCAAUUGGAGAAUGAUGUUUGGAGAUGUGAAUAUGUAUCUGCCAUACAAGGUCUACACUCUGUGAAUGUAUUCUAUGCUGGCACACCCAUACCCAACAGUCCCUUCCCCGUCAAAGUGGCUCCCCUGUCCGAUGCCCGUCGUGUUAGAGCUUCUGGCAGAGGUUUGCAACCUACUGGUGUGAGAAUCGGUGAUGAUGCUGACUUCAAGAUUUACACCGAAGGUGCAGGCGAGGGCAUGCCUGAGGUGAGACUGGUCGGUCCUGGUGGCAUGAAUGAACAAGUAGCUAUGACAAAAAUAGAUGCCCACACAUACGAGUGCCAUUAUUUCCCCAACAAAGAGGGUCGCUAUGUAGCCGUUGUCACUUUUGCUGGCCAAGAAGUCAACAAGUCACCGUUUGAGGUGAAAGUGGGUCCCAAGAUGGAAUCCAAUAUUGUAGCUUUCGGUCCCGGUUUGGUGGGUGGCGUUGUUGGCUAUCCUGCCGCCUUUGUGGUUGAAACUAAUGGCGAAACUGGUGCUCUUGGCUUCACUGUUGCCGGUCCCUCUCAGGCUGAAAUCGAAUGUCACGACAAUGGUGAUGGUUCGGCUUUGGUUAAAUAUCAUCCUACUGCUCCCGGUGAAUACGCCGUACACAUUUUGUGCGAUAAUGAGGAUAUACCCAAAUCUCCCUUCAUUACACAAAUUUUGCCCAAAACCGACUACAAUCCCGAAUUGGUUAAGGCUUUCGGUCCUGGUUUGGAAAAGAAUGGUGUAACCAUUAAUGAACCCACAAGCUUUACCGUUGAUGACUCUAAGGGUGGUCCAGCUCCCCUGGAUAUUGUAGUGGAAGAUGUUUUAGGCAAGAGAUUGCCAGUGGAGAUUCAAAAUCAACCAGAUGGCACCAAGAAAUGUACAUACACUCCUGUUUCUGGCAGUCCUCACACAGUGGAAGUUAACUUCGGUGGCGUUGCUACACCCAAUUCUCCCCAUCGUGUCUAUGUCGCUUUGCCUGUCAAUGCCUCAAAGGUGCAAGCUUUCGGUCCUUGGUUCCAACCUGGAGUCCAUCCCAAUUCUCCCACUCACUUCAAUGUUGACUGCCGCGAUGCCGGUGAGGCUGAAUUAAAGGUCAAGAUUGUCCAUGAAGAAACCAAAGUAGAAAUACCCUGCCGCAUUAUUGAUAAUGAAGAUCAAACUUAUUCAGUGGAGGUGGUACCACCCACCAAGGGAGCCUACACCACCACCAUGACUUAUGGCGGUCAGCCCGUGCCUUUGGGUCAAAAAGUAAUGGUAGAGCAAACCAUUGAUGUCACCAAGAUCAAAGUUGAUGGCCUAGAACCAACUGCACCAUUAAAUAGUCUCCAGCAGUUUCGUAUCAUUACUCAUGGUCUGCCGAAAGCUGAUCUGGCCGUAACAAUAACCUCACCCUCGGGUAGUCGCGUUAAGGCCCAUGUAAUACCCACAGCCGAAGGUUUCCUCGUCAACUUUACACCCACCCAAUUGGGUGAAUAUUUGCUGAGCAUAUGUUUCGGUGGCACACCCAUAACGCCCAGGCCCUUCUGUUUACAGUGUCUAAGUGGCAGUGAUUCGAAUAAAGUAAGAGCCUUUGGUCCCGGUCUGGAAAAGGGUCUUGUCGGCCAGCCGGCCGAAUUUAUGAUCGACACAAGGGGUGCGGGCCAAGGUGCUUUGGGUGUGACCGUGGAGGGUCCCUGUGAAGCGGCCAUCAAUUGUCGCGACAAUGGCGAUGGCACCUGCAAUGUGGCCUAUUUACCCACCGAAGCCGGAGACUACACUGUAAAUAUAACAUUUAAUGAACGUCAUAUUAAUGGAUCACCAUUCCCACCGAUUAUUUACCCUUUGCCGAAUCUCAGCAAUACACGUGUUAGUGGUAUCGGCAUACAGCCACAUGGUGUCAUUAUGAACGAAAAGACCGACUUUAUGGUUGAUAUGAGCAAAGUUGGCACCAACAUCGAUUCCAAAAAACUUUCCUGCUCCGUCUUCGAUCCCAAGGGACAAAUGUUGCCCAGUGAAAUUUUGCCCGGCACCACAGACGAUGUCUUCCGCAUUAUGUACACACCCUUCGAGGCUGGUCGUCAUACGAUUGAGCUAUUAUACGAUAACAUUCCGGUGCCCGGUUCACCAUUUGUGGUCAAUGUCAAGAGCGGUUGUGAUCCCUCACGCUGCAAGGCCUACGGCCCCGGCUUGAAACGCGGCUUUGUGAGCGAGAAGAAUAAGUUUGUUAUUGAAACUAAAGGUGCUGGCAAGGGUGGUCUCUCAUUGGCCAUUGAAGGUCCCUCAGAGGCUAAAAUGACUUGUAUUGAUAAUCGUGAUGGCAGCUGUGAUGUCGACUAUGUGGCCACCGAAGUGGGAGAGUACGAUAUUUCUAUACGCUUUGCCGACAAACAUAUUCCCGGUUCACCAUUUUCGGUGUUUGUGGAAGAACGUUCGGAUCCCUCUAAGGUUAAGGUCUAUGGUCCUGGUAUUGAACAUGGUGAGGUGAGAGAGGCUGUGCCAACACACUUCUUCAUUGAUGUUCAGGAUGCUGGUCCCGGCCGUAUUGCCGUUAAGAUUCAAAACUCUGAAGGUACCCCAGUAGAAGAUUUGCGUGUGGAAGAGAAGGGUGAUGGCAUCUAUUGUGUUUAUUAUUCACCACCCAAAGAGGGUUCAGUAUUGACAUCAACCAUUACAUUUGCCGAUACUGAAGUGCCAUGCAGUCCAUUCGUCAUGACUGUCUUCCCCAAGGCUGAACCCUCCAAGGUUCUAAUCAAGGGUGUCAAUGACAAAAAGAAAACUCCUGCCUCCAAACCAGCUGAAUUUGAAGUUGAUACCAAAAAAGCUGGACAAGCCGACAUCAAUGUCGAUAUUAAGAAUCCCAAAGGUAGACAAAUUAAACCACGUCUCCAAGAAAUCAACGAUGGUACCUAUGUGGUAUCUUUCGUACCCGAUGAAUGUGGCACUUACAAUGUAAGCAUUAAAUACGGAGGACAAGAAAUCGAAGGAUCACCCUUCAAAUUGGAAGCUUUCGCCACGGGUGAGGCCAAAAAAUGUAAACUAGUCGAAGAGGCACAAAAAAUACAACCCUCGGGUAGCAAGAGCCAUUUGACCGUAGAUGCUCGUGAAGCCGGUGAUGGUGCUGUCACUUGUAAAAUCACCACCAAGCAAGGAGUGGAAAUUUUGGAUUUGGUUGAUAUUGAUGUUAUCGAAAAGGAUGGUUUCUUCGAUAUCUUCUAUGCCUUAAAUGAUCCUGGUGAUUAUGAUGUCAAUGUUAAGUUUGGUGGCAAAGAUAUACCCAACGGUAGCUUCUCCAUUAAGGCUGUCGAAAGUACUGGAGAAUUUGCCCAAUACAUUGAGGAGCAUACCAAAGUUAUCAAGACCACAACAACACAGACCACUGGACACUUAGUCAACGGCAAAGACACCACUUAUCGUACUGUUGCUUUUGAAAAAUUCCCUGUACCCACCACUGGAGGAAUCGUUGUUGCUGAAGUAAAAAUGCCUAGCGGUAAAAUUGACAAGCCCAUUAUUCAAGACAAUCGUGAUGGUACCGUUUCGGUUAAAUACGAUCCCAAAGAAGAGGGCACACAUGAAUUGGUAGUGAAAUAUAAUGGUGAAGCUGUUCAAGGUUCUCCCUUCAAAUUCCAUGUUGAUUCGAUUACUUCCGGUUAUGUGACCGCUUAUGGCCCCGGCUUGACUCAUGGCGUUACUGGUGAACCCUGCAAUUUCACCAUCUCCACCAAGGGUGCCAGUGCUGCUGGUUUGACCAUGGCUGUUGAAGGCCCCAGCAAAGUUGAUAUCAACUAUCACGACAACAAAGACGGCACCGUUUCCGUUCAAUAUCUACCCACUGCCCCCGGUGAAUACAAUGUCGCCGUACGUUUCGGUGACAAACACAUUAAGGGUUCUCCCUACGUUGCCAAGGUUACCGGCGAAGGUCGCAAACGUAAUCAAAUCUCUGUGGGUUCUUGUUCCGAAGUCACUAUGCCCGGUGAAAUUACCGAUGCCGAUUUGCGCGCUCUGAAUGCUUCCAUUCAGGCACCCAGCGGCUUGGAGGAACCUUGCUUCUUGAAACGUAUGCCAACUGGUAACAUUGGCAUUUCCUUUACACCCCGUGAAACCGGCACACACAUGGUGUCCGUUAAGCGCAGUGGCAGACAUAUUCCCAACUCACCAUUCGAGGUCACCGUUAUGGAGCGUGAAGUUGGUGAUGCCAAGAAGGUUAAGGUAUCGGGUGCUGGUCUCAAGGAAGGCAAGACCCAUACCGAGAAUGUAUUUUCUGUGGAUACUCGCAAUGCCGGUUAUGGUGGUUUGUCAGUUUCCAUUGAAGGUCCCAGCAAGGCUGAAAUUCAGUGUACUGAUAAGGAUGAUGGCACUUUGAAUAUCUCCUACAAGCCCACUGAGCCAGGUUACUAUAUUGUCAACUUGAAAUUCGCUGAUCACCACGUUGAAGGUUCACCCUUCACCGUUAAGGUUGCUGGCGAGGGUAGCAACCGUAAACGUGAGAAGAUUCAAAGAGAACGUGAUGCUGUGCCAGUAACUGAGAUCGGCAGUCAAUGUAAAUUGACCUUCAAGAUGCCUGGCAUUACUUCAUUCGAUUUGGCCGCCCGUGUUACUUCACCCAGCAAUGUGACUGAAGAUGCUGAAAUCCAAGAAGUUGAAGAUGGUCUUUAUUCCGUUCAUUUCGUACCCAAGGAAUUGGGCGUCCACACUGUGUCUGUUCGUUAUAAGGAUAUGCACAUUCCCGGCUCUCCCUUCCAAUUCACUGUUGGUCCCCUACAUGACUUUGGCAGCCAUUUGGUCAAGGCCGGCGGCAGCGGUUUGGAACGUGGUAUUGUUGGUUUGCCCUGCGCAUUCAAUGUCUGGACCCGUGAAGCCGGUGGCGGUUCAUUGGCCAUCUCUGUUGAAGGUCCCAGCAAGGCUGAGAUUGAAUUCAAGGAUCGCAAGGACGGUUCCUGUGAUGUGUCAUACAAAGUCACUGAACCCGGUGAAUACCGUGUUGGUUUGAAAUUCAACGAUCGCCAUAUUCCCGAUUCACCAUUCAAGGUCUACGUUUCCCCUGAUGCUGGCGAUGCUCACAAAUUGGAGGUACAGCAAUUCCCCGAAGGCAACAUUCAAGCUGAUGCUCCUUAUCAGUUUAUGGUGCGCAAGAACGGCGCCAAGGGUGAAUUGGAUGCCAAGAUUGUCGCUCCCUCUGGAACCGACGAUGAUUGUUUCAUCCAAGCCAUAGACAGUGAAAUGACCUCCGUACGUUUCUACCCACGUGAAAAUGGCAUUCACGCCAUCCAUGUCAAAUUCAAUGGUGUUCAUAUUCCUGGUUCACCCUUCCGCAUUAAGGUCGGCAAGGAUGUUGCCGAUCCCGCAGCUGUACAUGCCGCCGGCUCUGGUUUGGAAGCAAUUAAGACCGGUCAAAGACAAGAUUUCAUUAUCAAUACCUGCAAUGCUGGUGUCGGUACCUUGGCCGUUGCCAUUGAUGGUCCUUCAAAGGUGUCCAUGGAUUGUACUGAAGUCGAAGAAGGCUAUAAAGUACAUUACACUCCCUUGCUGCCUGGAGAUCACUUUAUUUCAGUGAAAUAUAACAACAUUCAUAUUAUUGGCUCUCCAUUCAGAGUAAGCUGUGAAGGUGAUAAAUUGGCUGAUGAGGGUUCUCAAGAAACAUCUACUGUUGUGGUAGAAACCGUGCAAAAGGUAUCAAAGGGUGGCAAACACAGUGGUGUUGUUUUGCCUCACUUCAAGUCUGAUGCCUCAGUGAUAACAUCCAAGGGUAUGGGCUUGAAAAAGGCCUUUAUGGGCAAGACAAAUACCUUCACCAUUAAUGCCACAGAUGCCGGUAACAAUAUCCUGUAUGUGGGUAUGUAUGGUCCUAAGGGUCCCUGCGAGGAAUUCAGCAUUAAACACACUGGCCGCAAUAAUUACAAUGUUAGCUACUUGGUACGUGAUCGUGGCCAAUAUAUUUUAAUAGUCAAAUGGGGUGAUGAUCAUAUUCCCGGCUCACCUUUCCAAAUUGAUGUCUAAGUCGUUACACAAACCCCUUAAGCAAAACUCCACCUCCAACACCUCCACCAACACCCCCCUUUAUAAGCAAAACAAGAAAAUCUUGCUUUUUCAAAACACUCUUUUUGAAAACAUUUUGAGAAAUUUUAUCUAAAUAAUUUCCACUUCCAUACCUUUUAAAAUUAAGUUUUUGCUUCCUUUUAAUUAAUAAUUUUUUUAAAAAUUGUUUUUGUAUAUAAUAUGAAGGAAUUAACAAAUCAUUUUUCAUUUAGUUUUUCUUUCAUAUUCUCGAAAAAAAUCAAAGAAAUUAAAAUUCUUGUCGUUUAAGUUGAAAUUUGUGUUUUUUUUUAAGAUCGUAAAUUAUUUUAUCCUUUUUGUGUGUCCUUUUUUAUAUUAAAUCUAAUCUAAUUUUUUUUUGUUUGUUUUUAACUAUACAUAUAUAAAGCAAUAUCAUUUUUAAAUACAUAAUUAAUUAUUUUUUUUAAAACACAUUAAUAAAUUAUAAUUUAAAGUAAAAAUAAUUAAAUAAAAAAAAAACAAAAUGUAUUUCUGUUAUCCAUACAUAUAUUAAUUAUUAUAUUAUGUUUUUAUGUUUUUUAUGAUAUUUUUUUCAAAUAUAAAGUAAUUAUUUAUAAAUAAAAUAUUUAAAAAAUUAAA